GGUCGCCAUCAACAAGCCCAGCCAAGAUGGCGGUUGAGUUGGUCCAGGGUCCCACCUAAAUUCUGAGCUGGAGCGCCUCAAAAGAGCCGAUAUGCGGUUUCGAGGUCUUCUCACUCAACGCCAGCCCCACUCCGCGCUCUGGACCGAGACGCACACUCAUCAUCGAGCUCGAUCGAUCUUCCCAUGACGACGAUGCAGCCGUGCGAGCCAGCUGAUUCGAGGGAUCCGUUGCGACAUCUUGGGCCGGUUUAUAUUUGACCAUCCCAUUCAGCCUUCCUCCCGAUUGGACGGUACUCAUUUGGAGCAUGGCCUGUCAUGUCGGAUCCCACAGCAGAAUUACUGGCCGAGCUUCGCUCUCUCCUCGAUGAGACCACAAUCUUGUCCAUCGCAGGGGACUAUGACCUUACGGACCCUACGCAGUUCGCCGCGGUCCGCGACGUGCUGCUCACCAUUGCCAAGGACGUGCCCCUCGAAGAGGCGUCAGGGUUCAACCCAAGCGGUCUCGGGCCCGAGGAGGAGGGGGGCCUGGACGAAUUUCAAAACCGCGGCGACGAUGCCCACGGCCACGGUGGUGGUGGUGGUGGAAGAGCCGGUGGUGCGGCGAGGUCGGGGACCAGCGAGAGCGACCUGAAGAGCAACGACGGCCUGACUACCGCAUCCACGGCCACGACGACGGAGGGCAUGGGCGCGCUGUCGCUGGGUUCUUCAGCUUCUUCGCCCAGGACGAGAUCGUCACCUGCGUCGAGGGGUGGGGAUACUCCUGGGGUUCUGUACGUCGGCGGCAUCUUUGAUGGGCUCACCGAGUCCGAGAAGGAGCAGCAGCUCGCCGAGAUGUUCACGUCGUUGAAGCCCGUAGACGUGAGACUGGCGCUCAAGAAAGCUGGGGGUAAUGCAAGUGCAGCUAUCGACUCGCUUCUGAACCUCCAGUGGCUGGAGCAGACAGGCCAACGAGUCAAGGGCGUCGAAGGGUUUUAUCUGUCGGAUGAGGAUAGACUGGGCAGUGGCACCGGCACGGCCAAGAGGAAAAAGCAGGGCAAGAGGAAAGGGCAAAAGAAGCAGCUUGGAAAAGGUGGCGCUAGUCGUAGCGAGCCUCACUCGCCGCGAUCCCCGGGGUCGCCGGCUGAAGAGGACGUCAUGGACGAUGAGCAGCAUGAUGCCAACAUCGCAUUCAUCGCAGAGAAGCUGAACCAGCCGGCGUCAGAUGUUACGAAUAUUUACUACCGGCAUGGCAACUCCAGUGGCGCGACAAUUGUUGAGAUCCUGGACAACUUCCUCAGACUCGGGCUGACGUCGUCAGAUCAGUCGUUGUUGCAAGACGUUCACGAGCAGAGCACCAAAUAUCCCUGGAUCCCCCGCGAGUACAUCGGGGCCUCCAUCGAGAUCAGCCCUUCCUACGAGUUUGCGAUCGCCGUGAUCAACGUGCUGGGAGGCUUCUUUGAGAAGCCGGCAUACAUGAAGUACAAUGUUGCGUACAGUGUCGUUGCCUCGGACAAGGACACAGAGUUCGACUCGGUGAACAGCAAAAACGGCUCAAAGUCGGGUUUGAGCCAGCGCGGGAAGACCAUCGAUUUGAGACCAAGCCCGCUGCCUCAGACACGGCUGCCAACAACUCUGCAGAAGGCGACGGCAAAUACAUCCCUCCUGGCCGCGGCCAAGGACCACUCAUAUGCCUCCGCCUCGUCAGCUUUCCGCAAAGGCCGCUCAGAUCCUCUGUUCCGACAAGCGGCGGGCUACUAUGCCGAGCGGGCGCGCGAGCAGGCCACAAACCACCGCCAGGCCAUCAGCGUGGAGACGAAUAUGCUCGUCGACCAGCAGAGCACGCGCGGGAUGGUGGACCUGCACGGCGCGACGGUGCAGGACGGCGUCGAGAUUGCGCUCGACCGGUGCUGGCGGUGGUGGGACGGCCUCAACGGCGAAGACCGCGCGCGGCAGGCCAAGGAAGGGUUCGUCGUCGUCACGGGGCUCGGCAGGCACACUACCGACGGGCGCUCGCGGCUGCGGACAAAUGUGUUCAAGGCGCUUGUUGCGGACGGGUGGAAGGCCGAGGUGCUCACGGGUGCGUAUCUGGUUACUGGCCGACGACGGUAACCUUGGCAAGCAACUUCACAUGGGGAUGAUUAUCUUGGCGGGCUCAUGUUUGGACACCGAUGUCUUGGAAGAGGAGUCUGAUGCAUUACAAGGCGAUCUGUUUUUUGAGUGUUGCGUGCUUGUGGGAUGAACGGAUUCGAGGGUUUUAGAUAUUCACGGCAUUUUGAAAGGGAAUGAAUUGUUUGUUCAUACAUUGAAGCAAAGUUGAGAUGCAGAAAGAGAGGCAGUUACGAUGACA